AUGGGCAACUCUCACUCCCAAGCCGUGCAAGAACGCCCAAGGGCAACAUCUCUCAUCAGCGCCAACCGCAAGGAGCAGAGCAACGGCUACCGAGCCGUCAAGAGACUCAACAAGUACGCCAGCCCUGGUAACAGGGUCCUUCCCCAGCCGGUGUUUGAUGGUGUCCGCUUGCUCAGGACCACACAAAACGGAAACAUCCUUCAGAACGGCGGGACCAUCAGCGGUCGUAGGCUGGUCAGCAAGGAUUCGGAUGCCCAGGACAACCCCGACUUGGCCAAGAUUCUCCAGCAGAGACGGUCCUUGUCCGACGCUGGAGACAGUGACAUUGAGCCGGGACAGCUGAGUAGGAAAGCUCACAGCGAUCCGGACUUGGCAAGAAGCGUUAUGGACGAUGAUGAUGACGACGACGAGGAAGAGGACGACGAUGGCGUUACCGGUCGUAGCGUGAUUGCCAUCAGUCCGAGUAAGGCCAAGAUAAAGUCGAGGAAGAAGGCCAAAGCUCCAGAACCGCCGCAACCACAGUCCAGCACCCUACCCAGGGAUUUAGAUCGGGUGCCUAACGGUCGGUCUAGAGAAGAGCCCAAGAAAGCCUUCUCCAAGUUUAAGGGGCGUCGUAGCGAGAGCAAGUCACCGGCACCAACGCCGCCGCCUCCGCCUCCACCCCCGGACUAUAAUUCGGACGACAAUGGCGCCUUCAGGUCGGCCAGUAGUUACGAAAAGAACAGGAGGAAUGUCGAGAAGUGGAAGCUUUCCAAGGGAGAACAGCCGAACGGGAAGAUCGAAGACCCUGGGAAUCGGAGGUCUGCUUCGUCGGCGGAGCCCCCUGCCAGGCAGGGUCCUUUGAGGUUAACCAAGGACCUCAAAGAAGAACUCCUUGCGGUUGCCAAGCGGAGAGCUUGCAACGGUCACAAAGCGGUCGAAGAAAAUGGCCACGAAAAUGGUCGAAGCGCGAAGACACCUCCUGUCUGCAACGGCGAUGCCAAGAGUCCGAAGACGCAGCCUAAGAAGCAGUAUUAUUUUUCCAACUUCGACGCUUUGAAGCUAAAAGACGGCCUCGUUCAAAAUGGAAACGCAAAGAAGAGUCAGGAGAAACCGUCAAAGGCGGACGAGUCCGUUCUUUCCUCAAGAAGCCUGGCAGCCAUCGACGAUCACUCUCAGGGAGAAUCUAAAGUGAUCGAGUACAUCCUCAACGACUCAAGUCGAAUGCAGAAUCAUAUAUUUCCAGUUGAACUGGAACCAGAACCAUUUCAUCGAGGAAACAGGAAGGCAGAAGACCGACAACGCAACAGGAGCCCAGUUCCGGCGUGGCCCAAGGCCCCGUGGCCCUUAGACAACCUCAGCGGCGGAGUUUCAUCUUCAGCCAAAUCCUCCCUCUCUAGCGGUUCCGAUCAGGACCUCAACGUGAACAUUCAACUAAGGCCAACUCUUCCAAGGAAACAGAUGGAUAUACCUCGGUUUUCACCCACUGACGCCUGGAGGGCGCUAUGGGCAACGGAUAGUCCCCAGCUAAGGAGAAACGAGCGAUUACGAUCCGAAGCCAGUACCGACGACGGUGACGUUUUAGAAGAACAAAUUAGAAGAGUCAGUCGAGUGAUGGCUCCCAGAAGAGUCAUGGCGGAUCGGUGUGGAGACUCGGGCAUCUCUCCCGAUGCUGGAAGUCCGCUUUUUAUACAUGACGCGAUUGACAACUCUGCCUUCGGUCCAGGAGCCGGCAGAAGAUCGGAAGGCGUCGGCAGGGCCUCACCACCGGAUGGCGUUCGAGACGACCACUGGGUUCCGAAGGCGGACCUCAUGGACGAUUCAGACUCGGGCAGCGUGGACCCAACUACCUCAGGUCUUCAGGAGAAGCACCAACCUGGCAUGCUCGGUCUGCAGGCCAAAUUUACUUUGCCGACUAAUAUGUUCCUCCCCUGGUCGACUCCGUCGACGACUUUAAGAACGGAGGACUCCUCUGACCUCAGCAGCAGACCGAGAGGCAGGCUUCGAAAGAGUCCCCGGUUGGCUUCUACCACGGAGAACUUCAACAGCUUACGAAACAUUAGGAAAGCCCUCGGACUUCGGCCACGAGACGCUCAAGAGGAGAUACGAGGCAUCGAUUCCAACUGGUCCCUCAGUCGAAGUGCCCCCAACUCAUUGAACAUAGUAGGCGAGUUGGAGCUGAGAAAGACUUUCGAGAAGUCUUCGGAGGAAGCCGUGACUCCAGAGGCGGAGGAAAAGCCCAUAAUCGCGCACUGGUCGGAGUCAUCCAAGAACGAUUCGGCCAGGCGGACGUCUUCGUUCACGUUCUCAAGGGAGGGUCACGUGAUGUACCUCCCGCAGUACGAGGUGGUGCACACCAGUUCCAGCUCUAAUCACAAGUCUUCGAAGAGCCACGCCUCCCGCUAUGACCACAAAAAGAGCAAGAAGUUUUCUUACAUGAGCACGGUGCGUAAAGAGGAACGUAAACGCCUCGAGGAACGGCUGGCCCAGGAAGUCGCCGAGAAGGAGCGACUCCGAGAGAAAGAAAUCCGUUGGAUGAAUCGCGUCGAAGAAGAGUUCAGGAAACAGCGAGACAAGGAAAAACUGGACAUACGUCAACAGCUUCGGAUCCUGAGCCUCGAAACGAAGAAAACCUCCCGGCGGGACGCCGACCCCAUUUUUAACGGCGACGAGGUGAACUGGAACGGCAACCACAAGAGCACGCCGAACGAAAACGGAAAAUGGCUAAAGAGACGGGACUCCGACGGUCACAUGAACGGAGAUCACCGGAACUUCAGCCCUCCGCGCCCGGAGCCCGAAGGCGGCAGAUCUUCGGGAGACGAGUGCCGGAAUUCCCUCGAGAAUUACAACCCCGCCGUCGCGAGGGAACCGGACCGAAAGAAACCCGUCAAAAAGAGCAUCUACGAUCAGCUGUCGCGCGUCCUGCACCAGGAAAACUUGCACAAGUGCAACGGCAAAGCGGAAUCCAAAGGGGAUCGUCGCUCACUCUCGCCGGCUUCGCAGGCGGGAAAUCGGUCAACCCGGAACCGGAGUUCGAGCCCUUCGAGGCGACGAAGUUCGUCGUACGACGACCGGAGAGUCGACCAUCCGAUGAGCGUCUUCAGCAAGAAGGAGUCCUUGCAGAGGACGGGCAGCGGAAGGACCUACGAGUCCCACUCCAACUACAUCUACAGCGUGCCCGACAAGAAGAAGAAGGACGUGCCAAAAGAAGGGAGGUACAGGUCGCUCGAUGACUCGGACAGUAUGAGCGACGAGAUUUGUCGAGGAAAGCAGGGUGCCAGGGAAAGGAAUUCGUCGGGGGAUGUUGUGAGGAGGGCUCACUCCAAGCCGUUGCUAACGGUGCAGCCGUUUGGCGCCAGCAAGGGAUACCGGCCCGUUCCGUUCAGUUUGACGCAGCAACAUCAACCGAAGCCCAAUAGGUAGCUUUAGCAAUUGUGAAGAGGGGACGGAUGUAAAUGUGACUGCUGGUGCCCGUGUUGUGAAGGCUUUUAUGUGAGAUUGAUCUUCUAACCCUGGGCAUGAAGAGGUGUCCGGCCGAAAGUCUAUGGAAGAGAAGAUCCUUUUUGAACUAUUGAAAUUGUCCUAAAGAGAACGCAAACUGCAGAUCUAAACCUCACUUCUUUUUUUAAAAUAAAAUCAGGUCUGCAGUUUACUAACCAUUCUAAUGACAAAAUAACUACCUUUUGCCUUUUGAAGAUGAGUGUACAUAUUUUACAGAGUGCAAUUUAUAAAAGAAAAAAGAUGAUGAAAGUGCCUUAUAUAGAAAAAAAGAGAACCUUUGGAGCAUACUCACUAAUGGUGCCUUUGUAAACUAUGUUAA